AUGCUAUCCAUCCGACCUUUAAAACACGCGCCCAGGUCCGCUGUUGAUUUCGGGGUAACAAUCGACAAUAUUGACCUCGAGAACCUGACCGAUGAUGACUUCGCCAUCAUUCGUGACGCUCUAUAUAACCAUCAUCUUAUUCUAUUCAAAAAUCUACCGAAUCUCUCCCCCAAAGCUCAAUACGAGCUGACCAAACGUUUUGAUCCGUCCUCCGAAGCGUACGGCCACGACAAAACCUGUAGUCAUGACAUGCACAAAUUUUUCAUGGGAGUCCCCGACCAGCCCCAAGUCCAGAUUAAGGGACAUGGCUUCGUCGAUUCUUUCAUGGGCCUCCACAACAUCAAGCUGUGGCAUCCUCACCAUCGUAAUUCUCACCGUGAAGUGAUUCCCGAGGACAAAAGUGACGCAUAUACCCGCUUCAAUCGCUGGCAUAUUGAUGCGGCGUUGUAUGAUCUCAAUCCGCCCAAAGUCACUACCCUUAUGGCGGUGAAAGUGCCCCAAGGACGUCGCCAGACAGUAUUAUACGAUGAUGGUUCAGGAGAGGAGCUGGAUGCAUCUCUCGCAACCACAGCGUUUAUAUCUGGUGAGAAUAUGUUCAACAUGCUUUCUCCGCAAGAUCAGGAAUUUGUCCGCACAAGCAAAGCUGAAUACGCGCCACAUCCAUUCAACUGGUGCAAACCCGCCAAAGUGCACCCCACCGGUCUAAGCAUAUAUACCGAAGGCCUCGAAAUGCCCGAAUCCGAACUACCCCCUAUAGACCCUUCCAAGAUUCAAAUUCUACCCAUGGCCUGGAAGAAUCCGGUAACUGGUAAGCUAUCUCUACAGGUCCACCCAAGUGCAAUUCGCAAAAUCCAUCUCGAGGACGGGAGUAUUAUCGACAACUUAAAACAGGUUCGAGAUGUUAUCUACUGUCUUCAACGUCCUGCAAUCAGCCCGCAGUAUGUAUAUGCACAUGACUGGGAGGAGGGAGAUAUGGUGCUUUUCAAUAACCACGGUGUAUUACAUACAGUUGUGGGAUCGUUGAGACCGGAUGAUAUAAGAAUUUUUAGGCAGUGCAAUCUUGCUGGGUCGGAGCCCCCAGAGGGGCCGUGA